UGGGAGUUGACUGCGACACUCAAUAUACAGAAACAGAUGUUACCGAAUAAGACGGACGUGACUGCCCACUGCACUAUCACAGCAUACCCAUUAAGGCUUACAUGGUGGGGUUCCACAAGAGUGGCCUUAAGGCAUCAAUCUCUUAUCGGGCACUUUCCCGAUUUCCGAUUAUCUUGCCGACCGGCGCGCUGACUUUCCCGUCGAAAGCACCGGACGGUUGCAAGUGACAGUUACUGUUCCUCCAUGUACGCUGCCGCCGUCCUUGCUCGCUGAUCAUGAGCCUUGAAGCGUCCUCAGCCAUUCAUAAUCGCAUGUAUUGAGGAAUGAUAGAGCUCGGCCUCAGUCGUAUAUCCCGUCUCCUCCAGCAGACUCCGCUGUCAUGGAAGGCCAUCCACAUUGCUGGAACUAAUGGCAAAGGCUCCAUCAGUGCCUACCUGUCUCACCUGUUGUCUGCUGGAGGGGUGCGCUGUGGUCGCUUUACCUCCCCCCAUUUGAUCGACCGGUGGGAUUGCAUCACAAUUGGCGAGGAUGUUGUCCAGGAAUCACUCUUCCGACAGAUUGAAGCGAGAGUCAAACUUCGAGAUCAGACCCUCGGCAUCGGAGCUAGCGAAUUUGAACUUCUGACUGCAACUGCCUUCGAAAUCUUCAACCAUGAACAAGUCGAUGUUGGGGUAGUUGAGGUCGGUAUGGGCGGUCGGUUAGACGCAACGAACAUCUUGACUGAUGUUUUGGUAUCUGUCAUUGCGAAAAUCGGGCUCGAUCAUCAGUCGCUACUCGGAGAUACCAUCGAACAGAUUACACGGGAGAAAGCAGGCAUAUUGAAACCUGGAGUUCCAUGUGUGGUGGAUGGCACCAACCCGCCUGAAGCGAUCAAGACACUUGAGAAUCGCAUUAGGGAGCUAGGGAUCAAGUCGAACUUUGUCCGCCCGGAAACUCAGUCACCAUUACUUGGCCGCCUUUUCGCAACGCUCGACCUGCAGCCUCAUCAACAAGCCAAUAUGACUUGCGCAGUGUCUGCACUUAAGCUAGCACUGGAUGGGUUUCGCCCGGAUAUUAACGUCGAUGCGCUCCUUCCCCAGUUGUCGAACGUGGUGUGGCCAGGACGCUUACAGAAUAUUUCACUGAGCCCUUUGGUGGCCCGCGAACGGCCCGUUCUCCUUGACGGUGCGCACAACGCUCAGUCUGCAGAGGUGCUUGGACAAUAUGUGGAUCGCAAGCUGCGUACAGAUGGUGAGAAUGUCACUUGGGUUAUCGCGGCUUCGAAAGGGAAAGAUAUACACUCCUUGUUUCACAACAUCAUUCGGGGUGGUGAUAGAGUCGCAGUGACCGCAUUCGGUCCUGUUGACGGGAUGCCCUGGGUCAAAGCAGCUGAUACUGAGGAAGUAGCUUCGUGUGCCCAGUCUAUGUUAGGGACGGGUUGCGUGCAGACGUUUGGGAGCGAUGUCUCUGCUGCCAUUCAGUGGGCUUGUCAAGAAGCCAAUGACGGACCAUUAGCCAUUGCUGGCAGUCUUUACCUUGCCUCUGAUGUUUUGCGUCUUCUUCGCGAAGCACGGAAUUAGCUGUGAUUUAUCACGUGUGGUGCAGUUUUGUGUUUACAAGAUGCCCAUUCCAGCAUCUUACUAGCUUGCCCGGACCUUCCUGAGUCUGAUACCUUAGUCAUCAAAUAUUGCGUGUGCUGUAGCC